AUGUUCAGCGAUGGAUCCAAGAUUCAAAAGUCUUCCUUCCUGACUGAAAAUGAAAGACAGGAAGUUUAUGAGGGACUGAUUGUACAGGCUGCAAGACUGAGCAUGCAGCCAUCAGAGUCACUUUGGAGUGUGGAUGAAGAGGGGACAGCAAAUGCUCGUGCUGAUGAUGAGGGGAUGGCAUCUAAAGAAGACGAAGAUGCUGUAGAUGAAGGAGAGCAAUUCAUGGAAGGAGAGAGCAGUCAAGGUCAGCGUCCUCCACCCAGGAAUCCAAGGCCGUCUUGUCCACUGGCUGCCCUUCUUGGUGAACGAUACGGUGGUGGUGCAGCACGACCCAAGACAAAUACCCAAGAGGACGAGGCCAAGGAGCAGAUGACCCGCUACAAGGAGGCAGAUCUCCUGGAAGUGGAAGAAGAUCCACUGGUCUGGUGGAAGGAGCACCAGUAUCAGUAUCCACUCUUGUCACAACUUGCUAAAAGUCAGCUGGCCUCGUCCUCCGGUCCCGUCCUCACGGCUCCCUGCUCCACACUACCUCCGCUCCUCGCCUCCCCUCACUCCUCGGCCCCCAGCUUCCAGCAUGUGCCCACAUUCUGCUCCUUGGCGUCCACCUCCUCACAGCCCCUCUCCCUUACCUUUUCCCUUUACUCCCAAUAA